AUGAAAGGUGGCAACGUCACCAGAAAAAUUGUGGAUGGAUUGCUUGAAUUGAGCUGGUAUCUUCCUGGUGGAAGUGAGAAGCAAACAUUGCAAAAUGAAAUGUGUUUUGUAAAUCUACGAGGAGAUGCCAGAGAUUUUAAGAAGCAGCGAGACCUUUUGUUGGAAAUUUCAUCCGUGUUAUGUAUCUUACUUCCCUCUGAAUCCCCAGACGAAACAAAGAAGAAAAUUUUGGAAGAAGCAACGCAAAGCAAAGGAAAAGUCAUUUUUAUAUUUAAUGGAAAAAGAAAAGGAGACUCAAAGAAAUAUUUUGAUGAUUUAAAAAGUGAACACGGCGAAAUGUUGUCUUUAUCAACGAGGACCAACAAAUCUAACGAAUAUGAUUUUCUUCAAAGCAUCCGAGUAAAUCUUCAAAAAAAUAUAAAAAAAGUUGAGCCAAAGCCUCUAGUGGAGCUCGCAUCUUAUGCACAUAAAUAUGGUUUUCAUAUUGAUUGUAAACAACCAGAUUCCAGAAUGGAAUAUAGCGUCGAUACCUGGCUAAAUCAGGGGAUCCAAGAAGCCAAAGACACCCUGUAUUUGCAAAUGCACGUCCCAACUUUGGCGGACUUGGGACGCAAAAAAUAUUGUCCGAAACGCCAAGUAGCCAAAUCUGAAAGUGAUCGUACUAAACGAGAUAUUAACGAUAUCGAUAAAGAUAUUCAAGCAGAAAUAGAGGAUCAAAUAGAAUCUUUUGAGAAAAUGGAGGAAGGAAUCCUGCACUACCUUAAUUGUACUGCCGUCGUGAAUGAAACUGAACGAAAUUACACCUUAAGUAAGUUAAAACAUCGGUUAGACAAGAUGUCUCUUCAUGUCAUGGCGAAAUUACGUCAAGAAUAUCGUGUUGCUUCGCUCAAUCUUCAGAAGAAAAGAAAAAAAAGCCAGCAGAAAUCGGAAGAAUCCGUGGAAAAGUUGGAACAGAAUUUGAAACAGUUAGAAGAGUCAAUCACAAAAUGCUCGUUUGGUUUAGAACACAUCAUCAGAGAACUUGCGCAACUAUAUCAACUUCCAGAUAUCGUGACAAUCGACUAUGCACGUGCUGCUGCAGAAAUGCUACUUUCAGGGCAUCCUCUUGAGCUACUAGAUGGUGAUUCCUCGUAUAUUCCACUGAAAUGGUUUGAAGCUCUAUAUCGUAAACUAGAACUUAAAAUAGCGCAUAAAACAGAAAAUGCCAAAAACAGGUAAGUCGACAAUGUUAAACACAAUGUUUGGUUUAGAAUUUCCAGUCAGUGCAGGUAGAUGUACUCGCGGGGCUUUCGCAAGUCUUAUUCCUGUUAGUGAUUCUCUUAAAUCUGACUCAGGUUAUGAUUAUAUUCUAAUCAUUGAUACUGAAGGUCUUAGAGGAUCUGGAAAUCCUCAAUUACGAGAGCACGACAAUGAGUUGGCAACGUUUGCGAUUGGUAUGGCUGACGUUACCUUAGUGAAUAUCUUUGGUGAAAAUCACAAUGAGAUGAAAGAAUUUUUGGAAAUAGCUGUGCAUGCUUUCUUGAAGAUGAAGCUUGUGAAAGAGAAAAAGAAAUGCAAAAUUAUUCACCAAAACGUUGCUGCAACGGAUGCUCAAGACAAAUUGGCCGUUGAUCGUUCAAACCUCAAGGAAGAUCUCGAUAAAAUGGCAACGGUUGCUGCGACUCAAGAAAAUUGCGAUUAA